UGCUCGUCCAUAUCGUAUUUGUUGUUAUUUUUCACAUCCUCAAAUCGUCGGGAUCAAAAUGAUACGGCAAUUACGGCUUACACAGAUCUUUGUCGCAUGUUGGAUAUCCCUCCGAUUCAGCAGAUCGUUUCGGAUUUGGAGCAAUGCCAUCUUGAUGAUUUUGUGCUUUUCGCGCAUCUGAUCCCGUAUGUUUAUGAGAAAUUUGCAACCGAAGCGAUGGGGAGUGCAGAGCUAAUGAAGCUUUUAGCACAUUCGCUGGAUGGGCGACAAAUUGCCGAUCUUAUUGGAAAUUUUCCAUUGAUCUCAAAAUUUUGUAAUUUUGUGCAAUUUUUCAGGAAGGAUUCUUUCUUGCCAAUUGUCAGUGCCUCGCUCACAUGGGAAACAACGGCACAGUUCAUUUUUUGGCAACUUGUUCACGCCGAAGGUGUUCCCAUCGAUUGGAUAUUACAAAUAAUCCCAAAGCUCCAGUACCCAAAGCAUUCGGAAGCCAUUGCACAAGUGUACAUUAUGCUGCAAAGGUAUGUAUGUUUGGAUCAACUAUUUGCGCAUCUUGAUAAAUUUCGACAGAGUUGCUUAUCAAAAGACAGUCAUGUUGCCGAAGCAUUUCUGGCUCGCCCAGUUCUCCAGGAAGCAUUCACGACAGCGAGGGCUGCAGAAAAGGUUUCGUCUCUUCGAAUACGGUACAGUGAACUUUUUGCUGUGAUGGAAAUACUGAGCGACGACAGCACCCAAAGUGCGCGUUCGUUGCGUCGAUCAAAACCACUGAAGAAAAUAACCGACUUCAGCGACGAUGAGAGCAGAACGGUGAAACGAAAGCGGCCAAAGCUUAUAGUGGAAUCCGAUAGCGACUGA